AAAAAAAAAAACUAAAAGUAAUAGGUCACAUAUUUUAAUUAACUAAUUUUCAUAAUAAAAGUAGCGAGAGUUUCCAUAACUGAAAGCAGUUUCCCAAAUAUUUGUUUUCACUAUUUGCCUAUAUUGAAUGAUGAUCUAAUGAGAUUUUUCACUGUCUAGAAAAAAGGUGGCAGGCACAAGUAGCACUGUUAAGAAGGAGAGAAGACGUGAUAGAUAAUGGAUGAAGAAAACAGUUUAAAUUUUGGUUUAAACAGUUUUAAUUAUGUAAACAUGGAAGAAAUCUUACUUCAAGAUGCUUUGUGGCAUAACUUUCAAGAUGUAAAUUUACCUUUUACCUCAAAUGAAGUGAAUAUGGCGAAUUCUAAUAUCGAUGAGACCAUCAAAAAUGAAAACAUUUUAAAUAAUGGUUAUUUUGGGGGAUAUGAUACCUCUCAUAUUUUCACUGCAUCCACUUCAACUGCUCAAACACAGCAAGAUGUUUUUAAUACUCCUUCCUUCACGACUGAAAUACUAAAAAAUCCUUCACAAGAUGUUAACUAUAAUUUUCCCUCAAUACCUGCCAGCUUGAAUUGGCCUGGACAGUUUAAUUUUAAUAUAACAUUUGGAUCUCAGAAAAAGAACACUAAAGGAGUUUCAUGGACAUAUUCAGAUGUGAAGAACAAGUUGUAUGUUGGUAAAGAUGCUUCAUGUCCGAUAAAUUUUUCUGUUAAUACCUCCUUACCUGCAGGCAUUUUUAUACGAGCAUUGGCCCUGUACAGUACCGCUGAGCACAUGUCUGAAGUAGUUCAUCGUUGUGCUAAUCAUUCUACAGAAGAACAGAAAAAAGGUGUUCUUGAAGCUGAGCAUCUUAUCCGUUGUGAAAGCAACAUGGCAUCUUAUCAAGUUGAUGAAUCUAGUGGACGUCAUAGUGUGGUUGUUCCAUUUGAUAAUCCUCCUGCUGGACAGGAGUUUUCCACUUACCUAUACAAAUUUACUUGUUUUGGAUCAUGUGCAGGUGGACCUAAUAGGCGACCCAUGAUGGUUGUAUUUACCCUUGAAAAACAGGGGCAGGUCAUUGGUCGCAGAAGACUUGAUGUAAAGAUCUGUGCUUGUCCUGGACGUGAUAAAAAACUUGAAGAAAUGUCAUGUAUGACAUCAGAGAAUAACAAGGAAUCAACAUCUACAUUUGAAACAGAUGAAUAUCUUGCUCAAACUGAGAGACCUGCCAAUUAUCCUCCUGCAAAAAAAGCAAAAAUGUCUUCAAACGAAGAAAGCGUUUACACUAUAGCUGUAGAUGAUUAUGACUGCUAUCUUUUUUAAAUCUAAUGAAAAAUCUCUAUGACCUAAACAUUUUAUCUCCUGAAAGACUGAGAACUAUAGAUAGCUGCAGCCAGGAAAUGAAAUAAGUGAAAUUGACUAUGAAUUUCGAUGAAAGUGCUUGCUCAUAUAUUCAGUUAAAUAAUUAUAACUGUUGUAAUAAUCUUAAAGUUUCAAAAUGUUUUAUGGUAUUGAACAUGUAUUACAAGUAUGAUUAAAUGUAUAAUUUUCAGUGGAAGUUUUAUUCUCGUUUAUAAACAUACUUAGAAGUUUUAAGUGUCGUAUAUAUUUUGAUAUUUGAAAGAACUAAUAAAUUUAAAUAUUUUUUAUUCUCUAUCUUAACAAAAGUAUAAAAACAUAGCAUAUUUAUUCAUUUCCUAUAUAAAUAUACUUGCUUUUUUAAAUUUUUUAAAUUUUAUAGAUUUUAAUUUUUGAAAUGUUGUGAUUUAUAUGAUCUAAGCAGGUUGUUUAUAAAAAGGAAAUUUUAUAUAUGUGAUGGAACUGUAGAACACUUUAUGCAUUUGUAUUAAAUAUAACACAUUCUACAGUGACAUGCAAUGUAAUAUUUUUAGAGUUGUGGGAAAUUCCUCAUGUCUAUUGAAACUGCAUAAAUACAUAAUCUAACCUGUAUUAUGCAUGUAUUUAUUUUUACCAUCUCCAAAUAGUAAGAGGGGGAAGUAAAUAGUACAGUAAUGCCUCACAUAAUGAAUAAUUCUCUUAAGGAUGGUGUUUGUUAUGCAGGAUGCUAUUUUCUGUUAGUUACUAUAGGAAUAAUUUUAGUCCUUUCAGAGCCUGUCCAAAGUAAACAUAAAAAUGCCAUCAAUGUUGUAAAUUAUUAGAUAUACACAUGUACUGUAUGUAGCUAUUUUUUCUGAAAUUAUCAGUUUAAUAUGAUUCUUUCCAGACCUAACAGUUUAAUAUGAUUCUUUCCAGGUUUUUCUUCUAUUCCUGACUAUGCAUAUCUCUUUCCCCCCCCCCCGAUAAUUUUGAAGCAGAACCAAUGAUAGACAUUCUGUCACCCAGAGCAGUCUGUCUGGCUCCUAAGUUUUGCUGCUUAUUGUUGGUGUACAGUAUUUGGCAUUGGCCUUAUUUGAGAGAUCCAAGUUUCAAGGAGUUAUAUAAAGUGAUUGGCAUAUUUAUUUUCUUCAAGCUGGUGCUGAAGUAAUGCGUGACAUUGCCACUGAUCAGAUCUGCCAUGCUCGGUGUCUCAACUUUGGGAUUCCAUUGCUUGACUGUGGUCUGGAUUUCUUCCAACUUUUGCAGAAGAUCCUUAAUGAAUAUAGAUGUUCCCUUUAUAUUUUCCUCUUCUUACAAACUGCAAAAACUUUCCUGUGGGUUCUUUAUACUCUUGCUCAGGAAUAAUUUGCAUUUUUUGUGGCAAUGUUAUAUUAAUAAAUAGUUUAAUUGCCCUCGCUCUGUUCUUUGUUAAUGUGCAAACAUGUAUUCUCCUAAAUGCAUGCCUCAUAAAUAGAAAGUAAAACAAAUUUAACCCAGUAUUUACCAUUUUAAUAGUGUGCGCUUUCAUGUAGUUACAAAUAUAAGAAUGUUUUGGCCCAUGUAUAAGUAUGUUCUAUUAUAAUUAUUUCAUAAUAUCUUGGCUUCAUUAUCAGUAGUUAAGUACUGAUCUUUGAUACCAAAAGAGAAAUAGAUGCAUGGUAGUUUUGCAUGAUUUGCAGAAACGGAUACACGGUAGAAACUGCAUAGGCUUUGAAUCAGUUGGUUAUAAUUUUUGUUAAAUUUUGUCAUAAUUUUGUUGUAGGAUAAAUUAGGAGUGAAAUCCAUGGGAUUUGUGCCUCUUCUUCCUUUACCCAGAGAAUCUUUGUAUUGAAUUUUAAAUGCUCUACACAGAUAAGAUGCUAAAAUCAAGCUUAACUUUGAAUUCAAACCUCUGGCCUUUUGAUGUGGGAAUUUUCCAUUUGAUUAUGCAUGUUGUUCUGGGUUAAUACAAUUUUUGCAUUAUUUGUUAUAGUUCCAUAAUAAAAUAAUUAAACUAAAUUAUUUAAUUGAAUAUGCACAAAACAAGAUGUUCUCACAUGUAAAUCGUUAUUUCAUCAAAUAUAUUGCAUGCUUAAGUGCCAUUUGCAUUUUACUCAUGAUGAGGUUUGAGAACUGAUGUUGAUAAUUUUUAUUGCCUAUAUAUCACAUAAUGUGUACCUUUUUUUUUAAGUGUUUAUAUAUAGAUGAUUUUGUAUUUUGUGCAAACCUUCAGGCAUUUUGUUUGUUGAAUAGAUCAUUUUGUUCUUGGAAUAUGCAUUGAGAGAGUGUUUUUUUUUUUUAGUAUGUAAUGUGUAGUGUUUGUAAUGUAAUGAGUGUUUUUUUAAGUACAAGUUAGCAUAACUUUUGUCAUAUUGAGUUGUAUGUAAUGUGAUGUAAAAUGUUUAAAAAAAUGUCUAGCAUGUAAAAAAUAAAAUUUUAAAUUUGUGAAUA